ACGUGAUGAGACUGGCUGAGAGUGAGACGAUUAAUAAUGAAUGACCGACUAUAUUCUCUCAGAAAUAUAUAAUGGGUAGAGAUGUAAUGGACUAUUGACAAUCAAGCACCAACUGCAUCCAACAUGACCACCAAAAAGCUCAUAGUCGUCAUUGGCGCAACAGGCGGCCAAGGAGGCUCAGUUGUCAACUCCUUCAUCAAUGAUCCAGAAUGGCGUGUUCGUGGCAUCACUCGAAACCCUUCAAGCCGAAAAGCAAAGAGCCUCGAGGCCCGCGGUGUCGAAGUAGUUCAAGCCGACUUGGACGACAGGGCCUCACUAGCCAAAGCCUUCCAAAACGCAAAUGUUAUCUUUGCAGUCAGCGACUUUUGGGGCAUCUACAACGAUCCAAAGAAUCGAAAUAAACCAAAGCCGGGACAGGCUCUCAACGAGUGGACAAAGGUACAAGAAACCCAACAAUUCAAGAAUAUCAUCGAUGAAGCUGCCAGAGUAUCAAGCCUAGAACGUUUCAUCAUGUCUUCACUUCCGGGUCCGACGAGACUAUCGGGAGGAAAGUACACAAAUGUUUGUCAUCACGACUCCAAGGCAGAUGCAGAAGAGUACGGUGAACAAAACCAGCCAGAGCUUUGGGCUAAGACGAGUGUAUAUCUCCCUGGAUACUUUCUCAACAACUUCUUGACUCAUCCAAUGGCUCAGCCAACCAAGAAAGAGAACGGAAACAUACAAUUCGCAAACAACCUAGACCUCGAUACCAAAGUUCCUCUGAUAUCACACGACCAAGAUUCUGGUCCGUUCGUCAGAGCCCUAAUUCAAAACCCGCCUGGGAAAAGCGUCGUCGGAUAUCGUGCUUGGAUCACACCACGGGAAUUCGUACGAAUUUUCAGUAAAGUCACGGGGUACAACACUGAAUUACUACACAUACCACCCGGAGAGUUUACCUUUGAUUGUAAAGGAGAGUUGAGGGCUGAAUUGCAAGAUAACUUUGCAUUCGCUAAUGAAAUUGGGCUCCAUGGUGGUGAUAAUUCUCCUGCUGUCCAUCCCAACGAGGUGAACCCGCCUCCUCAACUUGAAAGUGUUGAAGAUUGGAUCAGAGAACAAGACUGGUCUAAAGUUUGGGGGUCUUGAGACAUAGCUUGGAGGAGCGAGAACCUGUCCGUCCAGAUGUAGCACAUCUGAGGCUACUCAUGCUGGCGGUCAAGGGUGAGUUGAUAGUAGUUAGUUUCUAUAACAAACUAUUUUUAGUGGCACAUCUUGAUAAGGAAUUCGGACUAUCGAAAGCUAAAUAGUUUAAAUGGUUAUCGUGACUCUGCUCUGAAUAGGAUUGAUAUCAGCCGU